AUGGGUGACCACCGUCGUUUGGUGUUAGGCGGAAGUGCUACCGAGCUGACUCAUUGUGAACGUCCAAGAGCCGCCCCGCGUCGCUCCUCUGAGGGUGGUUACACAUUGAGAAGGAAGUCAUCCUCGUCUUCGAAUGCGGCAGACGACCCCACCUCCAGUGAGAACUCCACGUCUUGUAGCACAUCCUCUUCCUCUUCCUCGGAAUCUGGUAACCAUCCACAGGGUGAAGUUGCACGAUUUGUAACAGGUGAAGAACUAGUAGACAGAGAGGAGAUAUCUGAUCAACCUCCUGAAAGUAUUGAUGAGUCCUCAAAAUUGUCAACAGAGAAGAAGGAGUUAGAAGAGUUUUAUGACAGUCCGACACCAGAAAGUAGUGCUUCCUCGACGAAUAAGCAUGAGAGAAAAACGGGAUACCACGUAGCAAAAGACAGUCCAAAAAAAGUAUCUUCAGAACAGGAUUCCCAGAAAUCGCUUCUCUUAAGUGGGAGGAGUUCAGAAAACGAGGACGAAAAGGAGUCUCACUCACGAGUACUUUCUCCAGAUGUUGUUGUUCAAGACAAAUCUGCUCUGAAAAGCACAUUUCUGAGACCUGAUUUUGUCUUUGAGCCAGAAAUAAUACACAAAGCCAAUCCAAUAGUGGAUGAGGCAGAUAUCGAAGUAAUACCGUCAGCAGUUGGAGCAUUUCGAAGGUUAUCGGAAGAGGAGUUUAUAGCGUCUUUGAAUAUUCAUGAGGCAGCGAGGAAAGGCGAUUUGCAUGUAGUAAAAUUGCUCACAAAGAAGGAUCCCAAGCAAAUGGAAACAGUUGAUGAAAGAGGUUGGACGCCCAUUCAUGUAGCAGCUGCUCAUGGACACACAGAAGUAGUUAAGUUUCUAGCACUGGAAGGAGCUCAUUUGGCUGCUUUAGAUCCCAGUAGUUAUACACCUUUGCAUCUGGCCGCAAUGAACGGACAUAACCCUUGUUUAGAGGUUCUAUUAUCUAUCGGAGUUGAUUUAGACUCAAUCACUGCUGAAGGAUUCACACCACUCCAUCUAGCAGUUAUGAAUGUCCAGUUGGAAUGCAUACAGACACUAUUGCAGUGGGGCUCAAGCCUGGAAAAAAGAGACGCAUUAGGUAGGAAUGUCCAAGAUAUGGUCGAGGAAUACAACCUGGAAGAUGUAGCUGCAUUGCUCAGAAGAUUUCAUAAACAACUCCAUAAAUUCAAGCACAUACUUGAUAUGAUGCAAAGGAAUGAAGAUAGAAGUUCUGCGGAAAUUCCUCGCGAAUUCAUGGACAUUCUGGCUUCGAUUGCCGAAGAGAGUGGAACAGAAUGA